AGUUCGUCUGUAUCUGACGUAGCACACCUCAGCACCAACCGGUCCCAGCUGCAGACCGAGAUAAACCAGUUUGAACACCCCCAGGAAGGGACAAGCACGCACCUUGGAAUCGCCAAAAUGACCGAGAUUAUGAGGAAUGAGAGUCGUCCUGGCGUUCCCAAAGUAGGCAUCGUCAUCACCGACGGACGGUCACGUUAUCCCGAGAGAACUGCUCAGGAAGCUACAGCUGCUAAGGCGAUCGGCAUUGAGAUGUUUGUAAUUGGAAUCGGUUCAAGUAUCAGAAUAUCAGAACUGAGAGACAUUGCCUCAUCUAACGCCAAUGUCAAAAAUAUCAGCGCUUUUAGUGAACUCAACAAUAUUACCCUCAGUCUGGUACAGAAGGUCUGCAAAGUUGACGGAAACUGGACCGAGUGGACGGACACUACCGGUGUGUGUUCUGUAUCCUGUGGAGGAGGCUCUAGAACCAUCAACAGAACCAGGACCUGCACCAACCCAGCACCCAGCAACGGCGGACGGGACUGUGUAGGAUCACCUUCAGAUCGAUACACAGAGGUUUGCAACACCAAUGGCUGCCCAGUUGACGGAAACUGGACUGAAUGGACGGUUACUGAGGGAGUGUGUUCAGCAUCUUGUGGAGGAGGCUCCAGAACCAUCUCCAGGAGCAGGACCUGCACCAACCCUUCUCCUAGCAACGGUGGAGAGACCUGUGUAGGAUCACUUACAGAUCGAUACACAGAGAUCUGCAACGCCAAUCGAUGUCCAGUUGAUGGGGGCUGGUCAAACUGGAUCAUUACCACAAGCGACUGUUCAGCAUCUUGUGGAGGUGGAUAUAGACGUGUCACAAGUACUAGAACCUGCACCAGUCCUGCUCCAAGAGACGGCGGUGCUGACUGUGUAGGCUCCUCCACAGACACAUACGCAGAAACCUGCAACACAGAAGGAUGCAAUGGUUAA